UCCUGCUGUGCGCCGCCGAACGGCUGAACGCGCCCCCCCCGGGAAAAGGAACCGGCACUGGGGGCGCAGUUUAAGGGGGCAUCUGUCUCUGUGGUGGAUCUCUGCUUGGCCAAUGGUGAGAUCAUCUUAGAUUGUUAGAUGUUAGAUUGACAACUAGUGGGCUGGAACCUCUUUUUGUCAAUAAGUACAUUGAGAGUGAGUUUAAAAAAAAUAAUAAUUAUAUUUAAUAUUUAGAAAAUUAAUGGAUUGCUCUCCAUAAGUAUCACAGCCUUGUCUCAAAAGUCAAUAAAAUGUUACCUCUAAGUGCAGUUUUGUUUUGUUUCGCAACAUUCAGUGUGCACUUAUUCCGAUGCUAGGAAGGUUCUGGCACAUCACGGAUCUUCAUUUGGACCCUACCUACCACCUGGCGCCGGACCCCACCAAGGUGUGUUUCUCCUCCAAAGGCGAGCCCGCCAGCGGUGCCGGUCCGUUCGGGGACUUUGUGUGCGACUCGCCCUACAGCCUCAUCCAGUCGGCCUUCACGCACAUGGCCCGCCUCGUACGACCGAACGACUUCAUCAUUUGGACCGGCGACAGUCCUCCCCACGUUCCGUCGACCGAGCUGUCCACGUCGAUGGUGAUCCAGGUGAUGAGCAACAUGACGCACGGCAUCCGACAACACUUCCCAAACGUCAGCGUCUUUCCCGCCGUGGGAAAUCAUGACUACUGGCCGCAGGAUCAGAUGCCGUCGUCCACAAACGACAUCUACAAGGCCGCCACCCGACUGUGGAAACCCUGGUUGGAGGACGAUGCGCUGAAAACUCUCUCACAAGGGGGCUUCUACACCCAACUGGUUCAUGCAGGCCUACGAGUAGUUAGCGUUAACAGCAUUCUUUAUUACGGGCCUGACCUGGCCACUUCCAACAUGAGCGACCCGGCAGGACAAUUCGAGUGGCUGGAGGACACGCUGAAAAAGGCAGACGUCAACAUGGAGAAGGUAUUGGUCAUCUCUCACAUUCCGCUGGGAUUCCUGCCCUUCGUUUCGAAUGAGACCGCCAUCAGGAACGAGCACAACGAGAGGCUAGUCACCAUCUUUAGGCACUACAGUCAUGUGAUCGCUGGACACUUCUAUGGACACACACACAAAGACAGCAUCAUGGUGCUCCUAGACCACAAAGGUAAACCUGUGAAUUCUCUGUUUGUGUCUCCGGCGGUAACGCCCAUUAAAGACGUUAGGGAGGCAUACUCUAACAACCCGGCGGUGCGUUUUUAUUUAUACGACAAACAAGACUUUGACAUUUUGGACAUCUGGCAGUACUUCCUCAACCUGACUGAGGCCAACCUCAAGCGACGAGCCGACUGGAUGCUGGAGUACGUCAUGACUGACGCGUUCGACCUGCCAGACCUGCGACCGGCCAGUCUGCUCCGGCUGGCUCUGCGCUUGUGGCUGCCGCCUGCCGCCGGCGGUUUUGACACCUACUUUGCUCACUACACGGUCAGCUACGACGACAGGCCGCCGUGCCGGGGCGAGUGUAAGAUCCUUCAGCUGUGCUCCAUGCUCUACUUGGACCAGAGCUCCUACUCCGCUUGUGUGGUUGCGCAACAACAACAUCACCAUCUCGUUAAUAACCAUCUCUCCAAGAUCAAAGCCACCUCGCGUCAUCAGGAUAUCGUGUGAACAAAACUAAAAUCCUUUUAUGCACUUUAUGCACAUUGUCAAAUAUGUUACGUGGCUCUUGUGGCAAAUAUUGGCUUUGAAAUUCUUUCGGAAGCCCUUGACUACUUAGCGACAUGAAAUUUGGUCGACAUGUCUAUCAUGAGUAGACCCAAAAAAAAGUCUCGAGAAGCCAUGCCCAAACAGUCACAGCAAGUCUCUUGUUUUGGUUUGAAGAGGCCAUUUUCGACUCAUUUUGGCCUUUUUUCACAAGCUCCAUUAAAGACCAACUUCUAAUUUGAAGCCGGUCGACAGGACAGAUGGACGACGCGAGGUUGAGAAAAAUCUCCACAUGAAAAACAAGGGCUCCUCGAUGAUUGCUGAAGCAUAGAAUGCACAAUGGCUACAAAUGUUAAGCUGAAUGUUUGCUGACUUUUUUUUUUUUUAGUUUUUAUUUGAAUAAUCUCUUUAGUAUUGUGGAGGAAACAGCAGUCUUGGGGGAAAUCUUUUUGUUCAUUCUAUGACGUCAUUGCUUUUUGAUAAUGAUUUUACCUUGGGUGGGUUUAUAGAAAACUUUGUCCAGCGUUUAUAUGAAAUGGAAUGAUAUUUAAAUCUCCUUUUGAAGUUGCUGAUAGUAUUAGGCUCAUGCCUCACGACUCAGUUGAAUCAGUUUGUCGGCAGCGCUGUGGCAUCUUUGACAUUUUUGUCUCUUCGUGAUUUCAGCUUUGAGCUGAGCAUUGUUUUUCUUUGUUAAAUGAAUGAGAUGCAAAUCUUAUUCUCUUUGACAUUUUUGUCUCUUCGUGAUUUCAGCUUUGAGCUGAGCAUUGUUUUUCUUUGUUAAAUGAAUGAGAUGCAAAUCUUAUUCUCUAAAGUCACCCGUGCUAUUAGGCUAAUGCGACGCUGUUGAGUCAGUAUGUCGCCAUGCAAUGAUCUUUUGGCCAUGCCACGGCAUUGUUUUUCUGUUCAUGAUUUUGCAUUAAAUUACAUUUGGCCAAUGUUUUGUCAGCGCUGAAUGUUUGAAAUGCCAAUCUUUUGAAGUCGUCAAUGCUAUUAGGCUAAUGCUAACGACUCAGUUGGAUCUGAUUGUCAGCAUUUGUAUGGAAGUGAAUAUAGUGUUGCGUUUGUCUGUUAAAAGUUGGGGAGGGGUGGCAGCCACUGACCUAAUUUCACUUGCCCCCUGAGCCCCCUGCCAACUUCUCCCACUUUAAAUGUUCUCAGCCCCAUUCCAGCGCUAUUGUGUGCCCCUCCUCACUCCUCGGCCUCCCCCACUCCCAACGUUGACAGUCCCUCGUUUUAAAACAUCCGCUCGCUUCAUGUGUAACUUCCAAAAAGACCCAGAAGAAUGUCCAGAAAGUGUCAGAAGAAGAAAAAAGUUAAAAUGAAUGAUGAAAAAAGUUCAAAUGAAUGAACAAUGGUGAGAAACUCACCUCUGUACCCUCCGGCAUACUCCCCCCAUCCUUCAAUCCCUUCGCUCGCCUGGUCGGGGCGUAACCGUGGUAACGGCAUACUGGCGGGUGAGCGUGGCCAGUUGCUGGGGCGUCCGUCGCCACGGUAACACCCGGGAAGCUCUGUUGUGUGCAAACAAAGCUCUCUCUUCACUCUUUGUGUGACCACUUUUUUUUGGGAAGAAGUUUCUCAUGAGUACAUUUCAAACCGCAAGAAAGAUCGUAAACAUCAUACGAUGAUUCUGACAAUAAAGAAGCAACACUG